ACUUUAUAACUAAAGGUGUGAAAGGAUAUGGGGUUCAAAUUAAUGUUCUCAGCAGCGGGCUGUUACACCCCUGGCAAUACUCUCGUCACCGUGAGCGUGUCGAUGACGCCUUUCCCACCAAUGCGACCAUGUGCCUAACAGAUUAAAGAUGGCGUCCGGACAGCAAUGGGUGUUAGUUGAGAUGGUGCAGGCUUUCUAUGAGGCCCCUGCUUACCAUCUAAUACUAGAGGGAAUUCUCAUAUUAUGGAUUAUCCGACUCUUGUUCUCAAAGACAUACAAAUUGCAGGAGAGAUCAGAUCUCACAGAAAAGGAAAAGGAAGAACUAAUUGAAGAGUGGCAACCUGAAGCGCUUGUGCCUCCAGUAUCGAAGGACCAUCCGUCCCUCAACUAUAACGUAGUUAGCGGCCCUCCAAGCCACAAAAUUAUUGUCAAUGGGAAGGAGUGCAUUAACUUUGCAUCGUUUAACUUUUUGGGCCUCCUGGACAAUGAGCGAGUCAAGAAACAAGCUCUGUUGUCUCUUAAAAAGUAUGGGGUUGGCACAUGUGGACCAAGAGGAUUUUAUGGGACUUUUGACGUCCACCUGGAAUUAGAAGAUCGUUUGGCGAAAUUCAUGAGAACAGAGGAAGCGAUCAUCUAUUCCUAUGGCUUUGCGACGAUAGCCAGUGCCAUCCCUGCGUACUCCAAGAGAGGCGACAUGGUGUUUGUAGAUGAGGCGGCCUGUUUCUCGAUCCAGAAGGGACUGCAAGCCUCGCGCAGCUUAAUCAAGUACUUCAAACAUAAUGACAUGGACGACCUGGAGAGGCUGCUGAAAGAACAGGAAGUGGAGGAUCAGAAGAAUCCACGAAAAGCCCGUGUGACCCGGAGAUUCAUCGUAGUGGAAGGCUUGUAUGUAAACACUGGUGAUAUUUGUCCUCUUCCUGAACUGCUGAAGCUGAAGUACAAAUAUAAGAUUCGCAUCUUCCUGGAAGAAAGCUUGUCGUUUGGGGUUCUGGGAGAUCACGGUCGAGGGGUCACCGAGCACUUUGGGGUCAACAUUGAUGACAUUGAUCUAAUCAGUGCAAACAUGGAAAAUGCCUUGGCUUCUAUUGGUGGCUUCUGCUGUGGAAGAUCCUUUGUCAUAGACCAUCAGCGCCUGUCCGGCCAGGGCUACUGCUUCUCUGCCUCCCUGCCGCCGAUGCUGGCCACGGCUGCCAUCGAGGCCCUCAACAUCAUGGAGGAAGACCCCGAAAUUUUCACCAUCCUAAGGGAGAAAUGCAAACAUGUCCACAAAGCCCUGCAAGGGAUCCCAGGUCUGAAGGUUGUUGGGGAGCCCUUCACCCCAGCUAUCCAUCUGCAGCUGGAGAGGAGCUCUGGAUCCAGGGACCAUGAUGUUAAAACCCUGAAGAGCAUCGUAGAUUAUUGUAUGGACAGGCAGAUCGCUCUCACUCAGGCUCGCUAUUUGGACAAAGAGGAAAGGUUUCUCCCUCCACCGAGCAUCCGAGUGGUGGUGACCGUCGAGCAGACGGAGGAGGAGAUCGACAGAGCGGCGGCCUCCAUCAGGGUAGCGGCCGCCGCCAUCCUGAAGUAGCGCCUUGGUGACCAACACCACACGGGUCGCCGCCGAGCAUCCUCGGUUUUGGGAGCUACUCCUUUCCUGCGAGAGGGUGGGGGGCAAGUGAUUGGGAAGGGUAGCUCCACAUUAAUGUGCCCUACGUUAUUCGUAACUUCAGAGGGUGCCAGUCAGGGGUUACUAUACUGACAAGAUGUGCAUCCAAUGUCAAGUUCAACUUGGUAGCACUGUUUGAUUUAGUUUUUUUUUUUUUAUUUUUUUUUUUCCUGUUGUUACACUAAGACCAUCUUUUAUUUCAUGUUUGUCACUUAUAACAAAUAAAUUUUGACUUAGGUUUCAUUUGGUGUGUUAUCCCUGUGCUUGUGCUAGGACAGAACAGCAGGAACACCUAACAGUACAUUAAUAUCGAGGUGUAGGGCCACCACCUAACUUCAGAACUGCUUAAAACUUAUUGAAUUACUUUAAUGUGAGUCCUGUGUUGUGGGACAUCAAACUGGUCUUCAAAAAGGCAGACCUCCAGUGAGUAGUGAAUGAGGUGGAAACUUGCUCUCACUGCCUCACACUCAGAGGCAGAUAUGAAGUCCAGAAAGUAAAAAUCCAGACCAAGAUUUUGUUUCAACCAACCAGUUGAGUGCUGUGUGACUGUGCCUCUUUAUUCUCAACCUAUUGGUUGAAACAAAAUCUUGGUCUGGAUUUUUACUUUCUGGACCUGAACCGUCCAACUUUGCUCACACCCCAUACUCCAGAACUUCCCAUGAAGGUUUGAUGGUGUUCGGAUCUGGUGAUUGAGGAGGUUCUGGAAGGUGUUUUGGCCUCCUAUUGGUAUUUAUGAAGCCACUCCAGAACGUGUUUAGUGAUAUGCGUGGGGAUAUUUUUAAGUUGUAAUAUGAGAACAUCAUGAGGGAACAGCGUUUGUGCCAUAGAGCCCCUAUGUCCUCAUCUUCCUCAGCCGCUAAACAAUCAUGCAGAUCAAUCAUUGGACCUCAUGACUCCCACAAGACGGCUGCAAAUGUCAACAGAAAUUUGGGGUUAAAAGCUGAACCCUGGAAAAGUGAGCCCAUGUUAAAUUGCUGAUGGGUCCAGGUUUUAUGCUCCUGUCAGGUUAUAUGUUGUUGUGCAUUGACUUAGGACAAGAGUGGUUUCUGAUUGGUUACCCUGCUGUAAAUCUCUCCCCCCCCCCCCAGUACCUCAUGAUUUAUUUUGUGGAGAUUGGGUCACAGAGGCACCAAAUCAGUUUCCUACUGAUUCUCGGGAUGUCUAUUUUUUGGGGGCAGCUGUCCUGUUAAGUGUCCUUCCAUCCCUGUUGGUGGACUCUUCCUUUUCACUGUUGCAGUCUGUCAAUGCUGUCAUGAUGGUUUGGUGAUUUAUUUAUUUUUUUUUCCCUUGACACAUUAAAUCAUAUUGCUGUUCUUAUAGGUGAUUUUUAUCUGCAGUUCAGGCACAGAGUCUCUGGGUCAUAUUGCUUUGAAAACUGUGUUUAGUAUUUCACUUCUGUUAUUUUGUCCAUUCCCAGUAAUCCCCUUAACCGUAGAUUCACCACCAAAUCCAAAGUGUUUAUGAACCCAAAGAGCAGUUCAGGAAUACUCCAAUGGGGUAUUACAGAGUGAGGAAAUUCUUUCAUGUAUAUAUUUCAACAGCUACCGAAAUCGUCAUGCAUAUAUUGCAAAGAUGAGACUGGCCAUAAAGUGAAUUAAGAAUGCCA